CCUUUGGAUAUUUCCAUAGCAUCUGCAUACCUAAAAGUCAUGAUGAGCUUCAGGGCCCCACCAACACUCCAGCAGCUGGCAAGAAGAAGCCUUCUUAAAGAUGAAGCCUUGGCUAUCUCUGCUCUGGAGGACCUGCCCUUGCAUUUCUUCCCACCACUCUUCAAGGAUGCAUUUACCAGCAAACAACCUAACAUCCUGAGGCAGAUGGUGGCAGCAUGGCCCUUCCCCUGCCUACCAUUAAAAGCCCUGAAGAAGACUCUCCACCUGGAGUCUUUCAAAGCUGUGCUAGAUGGCCUUGAUUUGCUGAUGGCACGAAAGGAUCGACCCAAGAGGUGCAAACUACAAGUGCUUGAUUUAAGCUAUGCCCACCUUGACUUCUGGAAGGGUUGGGCUGGAAGACAGCAUAUGGACUCUUCUCCAGAUGUCGUUGGCACCAACCAAGCUAUGGGAAAUCAUCCCAUUCUAGACAAGAAACAGCCCUUGACUGUAUUGAUGAAUCAUUUCUUCACAUACCACCAUCCCUCUAAUUAUCUAAAGUAUUUUUAUCAGUGGGCCAAGCAGAGGAAAGAUGUGAUACAGGUCAUCUGUAAGAAGUUAGAGUUUCAGGACUAUCCUACCUGUGACCCACGGGAUGUUUUGGAGGUUUUUGAUACAGACUCAAUUCAGGAAGUGGAAAUAAGGACACAGUGGGACAUUCACACCCUAGCACUGCUAGCCCCUGGCCUGGGCCAGAUGAAAAACCUCCAGAAACUCACUUUCAAGGAAAUCUAUGUACCUGUGCAUUUGUCUGGGGACCUAGAGAUGGAAGCCUGUUGUUUUACAGAGAUCUUUUCCCAGUUCUCCAAACUGAAUAAGCUCCAGCAUCUCUAUUUGAAUGAUGUCUACUUCUUGAAUGGUCGCCUAGACCAAGUGCUCAGGUUUUUGGAGAGUCAAUUAGAGACCCUUGCUAUCACUCACUGCUUGCUGUCACAAUCAGAUAUGAACUAUCUGUCCCAGUGUCCAAGAAUCCAGAAGCUCAAACACCUGGACCUGAGUGGUAUCACCUUCGUACAUUUAAAUGAUGCAUUUCCAGGAAGCCUGCUACAAAGACUGACAGCCACUUUGCAGACAUUAAAAUUGAAGGGCUGUAUGAUCACGGACUCGCAAAUGAGUGCCCUCCUGCCUGCACUGAGCCAGUGUUCCCGGCUCACUGAAGUCAAUUUUGGGAAGAAUGUCUUGUCCAUGGGCAGCCUGAAGAAGCUGCUGCAGCAUACAUCCAACCUCACAAAGCUGACCCUGGUGAAGUACCCUCCCCCAGAUGAGAUCUAUAAUAACAUGGGUCUUCUUCUUCCAGACAGAUUUAUACAACUUUAUUCUGAGCUUAUGGACACUGUCCCGAACAUAAGGCAGCCAAAACAGGUCUGCUUUGUAAUUAAUAUGUCUAGAUUGUUAGGCUCUUUAUCUAUAGUUUGGAGGCCAGGCAAUGUUCUUGUUGGGGAUAUAUAA